GUGCCCUCUUGAGCUCCCAACAAUUAAAAGAUUCACCCACUAGCAAAUGAAGGAAGUCAACUUGACCUGCUCACCAUCCAUUGUGGUUUGGUCAGUUAACCCUAUUCAAUGUUCUUGGAUGCCUGCUAGCUAUCAUUUCUCUUUCCUCCAACACCUUAAAUGCGUUCAUCACAUCCUUCUCCUCUCCUAUCUCUCCCCUUUGUUCCACCCACCAUUGCGUUUGCUGUCCAACGACCAGAACAACGCACAUCAAACGACAUGAUCAUGUGAACCACCAUGGCUUUGGUAGCCUAGGGUUGUUUUGUCGCUCUUCUUUCUCUUUCCUUGGUUUGUUUUCCUUCGUGCAGGUGCAUGGCUGACCGGGGCUCGGACAUGCACCGUGAUUCACACGUUGGCGGCCGGCCGAUGCCGCUUCGGCCACCUCCUUAUGACCAGGGAGGAGGCAAUGCAGCGCAGCGGAGCGAGACGCACACGAGGACGGAGAGGGCGGCCUCCGGGAAGCACCCGAGCUACCGCGGCAUCCGUUACAGGAGCGGCAAGUGGGUGUCGGAGAUCCGCGAGCCGCGCAAGGCCAGCCGCAUCUGGCUCGGCACGUACCCCACCGCCGAGAUGGCGGCGGUGGCCUACGACGUCGCGGCGAGCGCGCUGCGUGGCGCCGACGCCGUGCUGAACUUCCCCGACGACAUCGCGUCCCGUCCCGCGCCGGCCUCGCCCUCCCCGUCCCACAUCCGCGUGGCGGCCGCCGAAGCGGCCGCCGCCUCGCAGCAGCAGCUAGGAAGAUACGUAGACGAGGAGGAGAUAUUUGACAUGCCGCAGCUGCUGGUGAACAUGGCGGAGGGGAUGCUGAUAAGCCCACCAAGGCUGAGCCCGCAGGGGUGCGAGGAGGACUCGCCGGAGGCCUCGGAGGGGGAGAGCUUGUGGAGUUAUCCUUAGCGGCAUCGCCAAGCAACAGCAAGCAGUGGGAUAAAUGAGUGUGUGGAGUGAUGCAUCGACAUCAGUGCAUCACAUCAUUCUAAGAUCAUGCAUGUUGAAGCAUGGACGGAUCACAGGCUUUGCAAACAGGUGCAGUGGUGGUACUGUAAGAUCUAGGUUGCAUGUGUGGCGUUCUUCUUAGUUCCUUGCUUGGGUUGUGGAGUGGCGACAAAAGAAGAGUUUGGAGGCUACCGCGGGCGUGGCCCUACGCAUCAUCAACGCUCUGCAAACACAGCGAAGGACGUCGAGCUAUUUGCUCUCAACUUGUCUGCCGCAUUAAGAAACCGCGCGCGUAUAGGACGACUCCGUCGGUACAGCAAAUGCGCUCCCCACUCGUCCAUAGAGCUUCCAAAAGACCGCGUCGGUCUCGCCGGAUUAAUACAGUUUUCCCCUGCGAAUGGGUCCCCAUCCGAAGGAAGAAGACACAUUUGUGGGUCCAAACACCAGAUCCUAUUCCGAGCUCUCCAUUUCACCCACAGAUUCCACUGCUCUGUCUCCGAUAUUUUAUUUAUUUAUUUAUUUAGGGGUAUCUCAAUCCAAAAGCACCGAAUGCGAGAAGAGAUAGGAGAGA